GUAUUUUCUGCUUCUUUCCCAUUCUUCUCUUAGGAUGCCCAUGAAUGUGUGUUGCUCCUCCUCUUUCAGCUGAAGGAGGAGGGUAUGGCAUUAAAGGGCUCACCAGAGCCAUACACCUGCCCUGUGAAGCAGUUAGAAUUCAAGCUGAAGACUUCCCGUACCUGCACCAGCUGUGGAGUUAUAGUGUAUGGUCAGGAGGAUUACAAUCACUUGUCCCUGAGCCUGAGCCAUUACCUGCCACACAGCCUGGACCUCUACUUUAAGCCAUCUGCGUUAGAGUGUGCAUGCAGGGUGUGCUCAGGCAGCAUGGCAUCUGUGACUAUGCACUUCCUCACGCUGCCCCGGGUCCUAAUGCUUCAUAUCAAGCGAUUUACUGCAGGCGACUGGGAGCCAAAGAAGGUGGAUGAUCCCAUGUCCAUCCCUGCAGAAAUAACCCUCCCAGCCGUAUGUGGGAAGACAGCCCAUGUCCAGUAUGGAGCCAGGUUGGUUUACACUCUGUUUGGGGACAUUGCACAUUGA